AUGGUUAAAUAUAUUAUGAAAUUUAUUCAUUUUACCAAGAAAAAAAAAUUAAGAAAAUUUGAUAUUAUAUCUUUAAAGAUUAUAAUGGGCUGGUUAAGGAAAAAUCUUUUGUUAACAUUAACAAUUGGAUCUGUUGUUUUGGGAGGUAUUUUAGGAUUUAUCUUAAGAUCAACAAACCCUGAUCCGCAAACUAUUAUGCUUAUCUCUUUUCCGGGAGAAAUAUUAAUGCAUAUGCUUAAAAUGAUGAUAUUACCAUUAAUUGUAUCAUCUUUAAUCUCAGGACUUGCUCAACUUGAUGCUAAAGAAUCUGGAAGAAUGGGUUCAUAUGCCAUUCUUUAUUAUGUUAUUACAACAGUUUUGGCUGUAAUUACUGGAAUUAUACUUGUACUAUCAAUUCAUCCAGGUGAUCCAACAAUUAAACAAGAAAUUGGUACUGGAAGUGAUGCAAGAACAGUCUCUACUGUUGAUACAUUUCUUGAUUUAAUUAGAAAUAUGUUUCCAGAAAAUAUUGUUCAAGCAACAUUUCAACAAACACAAACAAAAUAUGUUAAAACACGACCUAAAUAUGUUAAAAGUAAUGAUAGUGAAACAUUAAAAGCAUUAGCAAAUGGUACAUUUGAUUAUAUGAAACCAACUGUUGAAUAUACCUCAGGAAUGAAUGUUCUUGGUGUUAUAGUGUUUUGUAUUGGUUUUGGUAUUGUUGUUAGUAGAUUAGGUGAAGAAGGACGAAUAAUGGUACAAUUUUUUUCAGUUCUUGAUAAAGUCAUUAUGCAAUUAGUUCUUUAUAUUAUGUGGUUCUCACCAAUUGGUAUCACAUGCCUUAUCAUGGGUAAAAUUCUUGAAAUUAAUGAUCUCGCUGAGACUGCUAAAAUGUUAUUUAUGUAUAUGAUAACUGUAUUAACAGGACUUGCCAUUCAUUCAUUAAUUACAUUACCAACAUUAUUCUUUUUUUUAACAAAAAAAAAUCCAUAUGUUUUCAUGAGAGGUUUAUUGGUAGCAUGGGUAACAGCACUUGGAACAGCAUCAUCAUCAGCAACAUUACCACUUACUUUUAGAUGUUUAGAAGAAAAUCUUGGUGUUGAUCCUAGAGUAUCACGUUUUGUUUUACCAGUUGGAGCAACAAUUAAUAUGGAUGGUACAGCUCUUUAUGAAGCUGUUGCAGCUAUAUUUAUUGCUCAAAUGAAUGGUGUACAUUUAUCGUUAGGACAAGUUGUAACAGUUUCUUUAACAUCAACACUUGCAUCAAUUGGUGCUGCAUCGGUACCAUCAGCUGGUCUUGUAACAAUGCUUUUAGUCUUAACUGCCGUUGGUUUACCGGUCAAAGAUGUCUCACUUAUUGUUGCUGUUGAUUGGUUACUUGAUAGAAUAAGAACAUCUAUAAAUGUGUUAGGUGAUGCUAUGGGAGCUGGUAUUGUUGACCAUUUUACAAAAGAACAAUUUAGAUUAGCCGAUGAAGCUCAUGCUCGUCAAUUAGCAGAAGAAACUGGUGCUCUUCUUGAUUCUGGUAGUCCAACAAAACGUGCUAAUAUGACAACAAGUUGGAGUGCAUCUCACGGAGCUUAUACAAGUCUCUCACAAAAUGAUGGCAAAUAA